AUGCUCUCAGUAUAUAAGAAAGCACUUAGCGUUUUUCAGAUUCAUCUGCAUCAGUUCCCCUGCCCCGACAACGCCGCCAGGUUGCCCGAGCUCGCCCCGUCAACGCCGUCGCCGCCCUCUGUUGCCUCGUCGACGCGCAGCCGCCCUGCCCCGAGCACGGCGCCGGCGGCCCGCCCCGACCCCGCCGCGCGCCCCUGCCCCGACCACGUCGUCGUCGCCCCAGCUGCCCCGCGCCGCUGUCGCCUCUGCCUCGCCCUGCCCCGACCACGCCGCCGUCGCCUCUGCCCCUUCCCCGACCACGCCACCGUCGCCUCUACCCCGACGCGUGCCUACUCGUGGGAGACGUCCAGGGGCGGCAUCACUGUCAACCUUUCUCCUACGGACAUCUACGAAAUAGACCCCAGUGGAGAACCAUUGUCCAGUACAGGCAUCAGCGUCAAGAAUAGGACCAUGGACAUCCUUUAUAUUGACUUCCGGUUCUGGGCAUGCAUAUUUGGUGUAGAGAGACCAUAUAACAACGUACUUCACUAUAUCAGAGACACGAUUAGUUCUGAUGACUCACUUUAUCAUAAGUUACCCCCGAUACUUGCUAUGUGGAUUCUGAAGUGGAUUGCUGUACUAUGCAGGUUCAUAUUGGCGCCCAUUGUGGUAUUGUUCUACCUCGCCCAAAAGUAUUGGAAAACGAGGAUCACAAUCGAUGCUGUCGAGAAGUUUCUUCUGAUGCAACAAAUGCUCGUCCCGACAAGGUACGGCUACACCGACAUUACCGCAAUAACAAGCCAUUUCAGAGAUAAAUUGGGUCAAGGUGUGCUAUUUCCAGGCAAUGCCCAUGUCGCUAUCAAGAUGCUAGAGGGCAACUCCAACUGCAAUGGAGAAGAUUUCAUCAGUGAGGUGUCCACCAUCGGAAGUAUUCACCAUGUCAAUGUAGUGCGUCUAGUGGGUUUCUGCUCGGAGGAAAUGAGGAGAGCUCUUGUUUAUGAGUACGUGCCUCAUGGAUCUCUUGAUAAGGGUAUCAACUACCUGCAUCAGGGGUGUGAGAUGCAGAUUCUCCACUUUGACAUUAAACCGCACAACAUCUUGCUUGACAACAAUUUUGUCCCAAAAGUUGCUGAUUUUGGACUUGCCAAACUGUACCCAAGGGACAACAGUUUUGUGCCAUCUAAUGCCUUACGUGGGACUGUUGGGUACAUAGCUCCUGAGAUGAUAUCUCGGAGCUUUGGUGUCAUAUCAAGCAAGUCCGAUGUUUAUAGCUUUGGAAUGCUGCUGUUGGAGAUGGCUGGGGGAAGAAGGAAUGCUGACCCGAAAUCUGCAAACUCAAGUCAGGCAUACUACCCGUCAUGGGUGUAUGAUAGGCUAACUGCACUAGAGGUGAGUGAAAUAUCCCCAGUUGCUGAGAUACAUGAGUUGGAGAGGAAGCUAUGCAUUGUUGGGCUAUGGUACAUCCAGAUGAAGUCUCAUGACAGGCCAACGAUGAGCGAGGUCAUAGAGAUGCUGGAAGGUGCCUUUGAUGGCCUGCAAAUGCCUUCCAGGCCAUUCUUCUGUGACGAUGAGCACACUGCUGUUCCGGAUUCGUACCCUUUGCUAUCCGAGCUGACCGAGAUCUCAGAGGAGGAUGAGAUCUCAGAUUCUUAUGUUUCCCGGGUCCUAUAAACUUUUUUGGGGAAACAUGUAAUAAAAUCUAGCAGUU